CUGUUUGUCAAAGACAGGAUUGAUCGUGAGGACUUGUGUGGCAAUAAUCAGAAAUGUACAUUGAAUUUAGAAGCUCUUGCUCAGAAUCCUCACAGACUUUAUCGGCUUGAAAUUAUAAUUGUGGAUGUGAACGACAAUGCUCCGUUUUUUCCUGACAGCACAUAUGUUGUAAAUGUUACAGAGAAUGCAAAUGAAGGAGGACAAGAUUUCCUCUUCCAAUAGCAACAGAUUCAGAUGUCGGCAGUAAUUCUCUGAAAGAUUACAAACUCAGUUCAAAUGAAUAUUUUUCUUUAGAUGUUCAUAGCGGGCAAAAGAGUAUAUCUGCUGAGUUAGUACUACAGAAAGCUUUAGACAGAGAGAAACAAGCCGUUAUUCACUUAAUACUAACCGCUAUUGACGGAGGAAAACCUCCCAAAUCUGGAACCUUGAGUAUUGUUGUUAACAUCAUGGAUAUAAACGAUAAUAAACCCAUUUUCAGCAAACCAUUAUACAAAGUUAAGGUGAAGGAAAACACACCAAUUGGAACCAAAAUCAUUUCUGUUUCUGCCAGUGAUUUGGAUGAGGGCGUCAAUAGUGAAAUUCAGUAUUCAUUUCAUGGAAAUACAGAUGAAAUUAAUCUGUUUAUCAUUAAUUCUAACUCAGGGGAAAUUGUUGUUCAAGGACAAAUUGAUUAUGAGGAAGAUUCUGCAAUUGAAUUGCGUGUUCAGGCGAGAGAUAAGGGCAGCCCUCCAAAAAGUACACACUGUAAAGUUUUGAUAGACGUUGUGGAUGAGAACGACAAUGUGCCAGUGAUAGUUACGACUCCUCUGUUGGAAAUUGUGAAAGAGGACUCAAAACCGGGAACUGCUGUUGCUUUAGUCACAGUGUUCUGAUAAAGAUGGAGGUAAAAAUGGUGUUGUGCAUUG